AUAAACCCUCCAGCCUCGGUGCAUCUCCACGGGCAGGACGGGGAGCUCCACGCUCACAGGCGAAGAGCAGCACACACAGCGGCGAGGGAACUCGGAGGAGGGAGUCACGGAGGACAGUGGCCAUGGACCUGAUCCCAAGCUUUUCCAUAGAAACGUGGGUUCUCCUGGCUACCAGCCUGGUGCUCCUCUAUCUCUAUGGGACUUAUUCACAUGGACUUUUUAAGAAGCUGGGGAUUCCUGGGCCGACACCUCUGCCUUAUUUUGGAAAUGUUCUGGCCUACAGAAAGGGUCUUUGGGAUUUUGACAGUAAAUGUUUUAAAAAGUAUGGGAAAGUGUGGGGGUUUUAUGAUGGUCGACAGCCUGUGUUGGCGAUCACAGAUCCAGACAUGAUUAAAACAGUACUAGUGAAAGAAUGUUUUUCUGUCUUCACAAACCGGAGGUCUUUUGGUCCAGUGGGAAUUCUGAAAAAUGCCAUCUCUCAGGCUAAAGAUGAACAAUGGAAGAGAAUACGAACAUUGCUGUCUCCAGCCUUCACCAGUGGAAAGCUCAAGGAGAUGUUCCCCAUCAUUGGCCAAUAUGGAGAUGUGUUGGUGAGAAACCUGAGGAAGGAAGCAGAGAAAGGCAAGCCUGUUGCCCUGAAAGACAUCUUUGGGGCCUACAGCAUGGAUGUGAUUACCAGCACAGCAUUUGGAGUGAACGUUGAUUCCCUCAACAACCCACAGGAUCCCUUUGUGGAAAAUUCCAAGAAACUCUUAAGAUUUAAUUUCCUUGAUCCAUUCCUUCUUUUAAUAAUGCUCUUUCCAUUCCUCACCCCAAUAUUUGAAGUAUUAAAUAUCUAUCUGUUUCCAAAAAGUGUUAUAAAUUUUUUCACAAGAUCCAUAAAAAGGAUAAAAGAAAGUCGCCUCAAGGAUAAACAAACGCACCGAGUGGAUCUUCUUCAGCUGAUGAUUAACUCCCAGAAUUCCAAAGAAAUUGACACCCAUAAAGCUCUGUCUGACCUAGAACUUGUGGCCCAAAGCAUUAUCUUUAUUUUUGCUGGCUACGAGACCACCAGCAAUUCUCUCUCCUUCGUUAUGUAUGAACUGGCCACGCACCCCGAUGUCCAGCAGAAGCUGCAGGAGGAGAUCGAUGCGACUUUCCCCAAUAAGGAUCUUCCCACCUACGAUGCCCUGGUACAGAUGGAGUAUCUUGACAUGGUGGUGAAUGAAAUUCUCAGACUAUUUUCAAUUGCUGGUAGACUUGAGAGGGCCUGUAAGAAAGAUGUGGAAAUCAAAGGGGUAUUCAUCCCUAAAGGGACCGUGGUGAUGGUGCCAGUCUUUGCUCUUCACAGAGACCCGGAGCUCUGGCCAGAGCCUGAGGAGUUCCGCCCUGAGAGGUUCAACAAGAAGAACCAGGACAGCGUAAAUCCUUACACAUACCUGCCUUUUGGAACUGGACCCCGAAACUGCAUUGGAAUGAGGUUUGCUAUGAUGAACAUGAAACUUGCUAUUGUCAGAGUCCUGCAGAACUUCUCCUUUAAGCAUUGCAAAGAAACACAGAUCCCCCCGGAAUUAGGCACUCAAGGGAUUAUACAACCAAAAAAGCCCCUUGUAUUAAAGGUUGUGCCCAGAAAUUACUAAGUGGAGCCUGACUUUCCCUUGUUCUGCAAGGAAGCUGCAUCCCGGAACACCAGAGACCUGGAUUUACUUUGUGAUAAGACCCAGAAAUAAAGAUGGGCGUCACCCACUGCACAUGAUG